UUCAGACAGCCUCUGCUUUGUUAUUUGCACUACGUGCACUUUAUGGAUUAUGUAAACUGGCACUUUCCCAAGGCUUUGUGUAGCCCGAAUCAAGUCCAAAGCGAAGCUUUCUUAGCUCUUGCACGAACACAUUUAGAGAAUUGCCAUUCGUGAUACUGCAGUGAUCCACCCUUAUUCACCCUGCCUGUGUCUGUGAGAGAAGAGAAGGCAGCAGAGCAGAACUGCACGGACGCCAGGGUGUAUUGUCCUUUCAUGGCUUACAGGUGCGCGUUUACUAAUCACAGAUGGUAAAGAGCGAGAACACAGGAGCUCGCAGUUAAAAGAAGGUGGUGGUAAAAGAAGGACAUUGUCCCCCAUUCAUAUAUUGGGGAAAAAAUUAAAAUAAUGUUGAAUGAAAAAAUAAAACACAAUAACUGGAAUAAUUAAACAUCAAUUUAACAAUUCGAAUUAAACAAUAAUUUCCGGGAUCAUCAAUGUUCCCAAGGAGCAUGGAGGAAAAAAAAUAGAGGAUAUCUUAGUACUGUAUAUGACAUCUGUCUUCCAAUGUGCUCUUGCUUGACAACUGACAAGAUUCAUGUAGCAAAAGGUAUUUUUAGCUGAAAGCGAGUCUGGAACCGUUUUUUUCAUCAAUCUGCUCUCAAGUGCAGGUUAAGUGAGCUCAAGAGUAAAAAUAAAAAUCAGAAAAAAAUCCAUAUGACUUGAAUAUUAAAAACAUAAGUGUUCAACAGGUUCAGUAUUUAACUGUGUACAAUUUAAUUAUAUAAAGUAAACAAUGAGGGCAUACAUUUAGCUCAAUCCAUCAGCUUAGUGGCUCCUCCAUGUCUGCAGAGCUAAACAGUUGCAGAGAACCAGAACGCAUUAGGUUAGUGGGGUUGUUUUAGUGUCCUUUUCAACUAUCCAACAAUAUGAAGUCUGUCAGUAAGCAGACCUGAGCAUUGCGUAGACCUAAGAGGUCAAAUGUGGAGAAAAUGCUUCUAAACCUCUCUAUAUAAGAGGGGGAAGUACAAUCACUUAUAGACCUGUGAGGAAAGAUGCCCUAAUAAGGUAACAAAAAGGGGAAGCUAAAAGGUGAAAUGGUCAAUUACAAAGGCCAUCUUAGUCAGUUCUAGGGUUGGACAAUUCUUAAACCUCUCAUUCUCCAGAGCAGAAGAAGCAAGAAGCAAGAUGCAAGUUUCAGCUGCCAACAGAUCUGAAGCACUGGCAUUUCGGGCUAUUACUCAUGUAAGGGAACAUUACAGGUGUUGUAUUCAAUAAAGACCAGAUAUAAUUUUUUCAGGUUUUUUUUGGUAACCCAACACCACAUUCUGACAUAUUGUACCUAAUUUUAAAAGCUGUAGCUUAAUGAGUACAAAAUGAGCAGUAAUGAUCAGUGAAUGAGAUCAAUGUCUUUACAUUGAAUUGCCACAGCCUGGAGGAAAAAGUACUGCUGCUGCAGAAAGCUAUAGCCUAUAUGUUCUCAUUAAUUGAACACAUGUGACUAGGUAACAGGUUGCUCCUUUUUAAUUUAACCAGCAGCAUUUUAAGAAAUGGGUUGUUAGUUCUGCGAGCUGUUUCAUUUUUCAUUAUGUGCAUGUUAGUGAUUUUUGUUACACUUAUGACUAUAUGUGAAUUAAUGAAAUGAAAGGGUUUUCACUCAUUAUAAUCAGUUCUGAUAAAGGGAAGACUUCUUCAAACCACAUUAGCUCCAGGCUGGAGUUGAAAACACCAUGUAGAAUUCCAGCACAACUACUUUUGACCCACGCCGGAAAUAAUCCAAACUGUACAUUGUCUCAUUUCUGUUAUAGAGCAUGUACCCUUUUUCAAGCGUCCCCUGCACCUACAGUAGUUGUUAGGUUAUUCACAGCAUACCUCAUCAACAACUUUCAAGAAAGAUGUUGUUACAAGCUGUCACGUCUGGAUGACCAUGUAGGAGGUGCAGAAAGUGAGGUUUCAGAACUUGAUCAAUUAAGCACUAUGUAUUCAGGCUGCUAUUAAUUACUACAGGUGGAAUUGUUAAUGAUUAUACACUCCUGCUGAGAUCACACUGCUUGGACCUCUCCAUUAAUGUGUCUGCUCAACACAACAAAUGGCAUAUAAUUCUACAUGUCUGCAUGACACAUGCUGGUCUACUGGGGUGGUCCAUGCAAACCUUGAUUCAUUGCUAAAGAAGGCUUUGCUCUACUGUUGACCAGUCCACCUGAGAAGUUGCUUCAGCAUACCAGUGGCACAAAAGCAUGCUCUUGGUAAGUGGGGCGUAUUGGUCUUCACCUGGAUUGACAGUCAGCAGGUGACCUUAUCUGUGCCAACUGACACAUUCUUUAGUAAGGCUAUGUAGUUUUUGUGCAACACAAAGCCAUUUGAGUGUAUCAUGGUCAGUUAAACCAUUGUCAUAGUUUGCUUUCCCUUUCUCUUUUUGCCUGUCCCAUCACGGACUUUCACUGGGGCAGGCACACGCACUUUUUUUUCGCACUAAGUUCUUGUUCUUGCCUUAUGUGCCCUGCUUACCAGGCUGGACCCCGCUAAAUGCGGUACUGUAAGUCCAGUUUGGUCACCGCUGUGCUAGCGAUUCUUUUUCCCAGGUUUGACCCCGUUAAAUAGGAUAAGCCCAGCCUGGAGGUUACAAGACACAGUGGUACUCUUUCUUUUUUGCCUUUUUGUUUAUUUUUCACUCUUUUUGUAUUAUUUCUGGUCCCUGCUAACCUCACACUGGUGCUUCUGUCCCCUCACCCGGUGCUCGCAACGGCGCUUCCCACUACACUGUCACAACAGUAAAAAAAAAAAAUUACAGACAUUGGUGGAGACAGCCUAGGCCAUCAUUAAUAAGGAACCCUCCAUUUAAACAAUUCACUUGGCACUGCCUCAGAGUGCCCAAAAUAUAAUCAAGGAUCAAAACCACCCUGCGCAUGCACCUUUCUCUCUUCUUCCUUCUGGCAGAAGAGUUAGGAGUAUACAGUAAUUGCCCAAACCUCCGAAUUCAAAGAAAGCUUCUUCAUCAUAGCCAUAAGACUUCUGAACACCACCUCUUAAACCUCCUACCCUCACUGCACCCCACUGCUUUUACACUAAACUCAAAAUACUGUCACCUGAACCAUUUACAGUAUGCACAAAAAAAUUGGAGUUUGCAAAUUGCUGCUAUUUGAGUGCUGCUGAAGUUUACAGUUGUUGCUCUUCUAAUUUAUAUUGCUGCUGUUGUAUUGUGUACUAAUCUUAUAUACUGUGUAUUGCUGCUAACUGUAGGUUUAUACGUACUGCUGCUACUUGUAUUUUACACUGCUACUUUCCACUAUCUUAUUGGCAUGCUGUAUGUGCUGUUUUAUGUUCUUGUCUCCAACAAUUUGUAAUGCCAUUUUUUUCCGAGGAAACAUGCAUGUAAGCAUUCCUUGUACUCUGAUCCAUAUAACAAACUUUAAACUUGAACGAUUUGAGAUACUUGCCGAGAGUGUAGAUAGAACUCUACCGCCCAAAUGCGCUUCAAGUCUGGUCAUGUCAGUAGUAGGCUAUGACAAGUAUACCCACAUCAAAGGCACAGAGUUGUCAAAGCACUGUGGGAGGCAAAUAGUUAAUCAGUUCUUAUAUGCAAGUCCUAUAACUCAAGUACCGACAUACUUGCAGGUAUGGCAGCAAGAGAAAUGCAUUGUGUCACAAGAUGAAUGGCUGUGACAGUUCGGUGUGCCACCAUUCUCCAUUUGUUGAUUGCAAAAUGGGUGAGUACUGUAUGUAACAAAUAAUACACUGACAUCCAUCUUUUAUCAGAAAGCUGCUGAUUUCUGGUAUCAUGUGCCUAUCCCUGGAAGUACAGGACACAAGGUAAGACUACAACCUACAGCCCACUCCAGUUCCGUCUGUUGUAUCCCUAGUAACACUUUUAUCCAUCAUAAGAACAUAAUACAGGUAUGCAAACACGAACCAUUUGGCUCCUCUUGGUCUUUUGGUAGUUCAGUACGUAAGUGAAUCUCAGCUUUCGCCCAGCAAUUUCUUAAAAGUGCCUAGAUUGUGUACCAGGCACGCGCUACUCCUUAAGGACGUGUUUCCUAUUUUCUGUCUAAAUUGAUUGCCUUAAAAUUUCCUGUGUUGACCCUGUGUCCUUGAUUCAAUACUGGGUGUGAAACAGUCUCCUCGGUUUAGCCUAAGUUCGCCACAGGAUUACACACGCUUGUAUGUUCUGAGACCGUUUUUGUUGCUCUCUUUUUGAAGUCUUUUUUGAAGUCUUUCUAAGGCUAUCAAAUUUUCUUGUAUGGUGACCAAAACUAAAUACAGAAUUCUAGAUGAAGUGCUACUGAGUGCAUUGCAGAGCCUAGGUAUACAGUAUCUUCUCUGGAAUUUCAUGUAUUUACAUACAAACAUCUUGUUUAUUUUUUAAUUGAAUAAUCAGGGCUAUAAUAAAUAUUCAAAACCACUUUGAGUGGUACUGAAAGUAAUCUUGGUGACUAUAUCAAGGUAAUUGAUCAAGGUAAUUUUAGUUAUGAAUAAUUUGUGUAGUACUGAUCUUUGUAUUUAAACAGUUCUGAUACAGCUCUUCUGAUUGGCUCUCAAUGUGAUUAGGUCACGUUGGUUUAUUUGGUAUAUUUCGUUCAUUCAUUUUUACUUUGGAAAAUGUUCACUAUUAAUAGUUUCACUGACCGAAAUGUUUACGUAUUAUUAACAAAGAAUUUCUGAGCGACGUGUAUUUAUAUAUUUUUUACUAUGUCAUGUCGUCAUGUCCUCCGACUGACCCAAACAGCAGCCCAUACGUCCUACGCGAAGGCAGGUUAAAAUACGCUUUGGGAGAGUUGCUUUCAUGUCCUGGAGUCGUUUGCUGUGUAUUCGGGAUUUGGUCAAGUUAAAGCAGUGGCAGAUAUUUCGGGAAAUUCCAGGAGAGAAAAGACCUUUCUGGUCGGAAGAUGUCUUGGGUUUCCGGUUCAUGACGGGUGCCGAACUGAAGAGGUUCCCACAACACAAGGCUGGAUAUGCCUUCACCACCAUAAAGUGCGAGUGUUUGACAUACCUUCCAUGGCUUCAGAAAAGUCCCAUUGUUCACAAUUAUGGCCAUGGAGGGUGGGGUGUUUCUUUGAGCUGGGGCACGGCUCUGGAGACAAUGCGGCUGGUGCAGCAGUGUAUACAUGAAAGGCCUUUAAUAUCUAGAUUGUGAACUUUCUGGUAGUGUCUUAUGGGUUAUGGUUUGUAGUCAUUGUAAUUGAUUUCAGAAAGAACACUUAAACCCCCCACUCACACCUGGGCAAGGAGUGAAUCAGUGGAAAUGGUUGAUCAACACAUACUGCAGUAUUCUGACUGCAAGUUAAAUUUUGAGGCAAAUGUCAAUUCUACUUGACAAAAAAGGGCUACAGUGUCUCAUUUCUUAAGAAAAACAAUACAUUUAUAAGAGUAAUAAGUUGUUAAUUGUUUUUGUCACUCUUAUUUAAUCUGCUUUAACUUUUUCCCUGAUCUGCUGGUUUGGGAAUCUAAAUCUGAGGAGUAAGACGAAUCUGGGGAGUAUUGUUACUGUGAGAAAGUUAUUGGUCCUGAUCUUUCAGCCCUACUUCACAGUCACAUCCAUCAGUUAUGAGUUUUGUGUAAAUCAAAAUUGCUCUUUUUUGGGUUAAUAAAAGACACUGUUUUUUCUUCCUCUUCA